GUUAUCUCGAGAAUCUGGGGACGGCGGCAAUCUCCAUCCUUUCUCAAGUCCCGUCGCUCAACCAUCGGCAAACCCCGUACAGGCAUUCCGGUCCUCGAGCUCCGGCCAAGCAAGGUACGGGUGAGUCUCCCACGCGCGUUGUGCAUUGUACUUGUACCGAUACGUUGGACCGGUGCAGCGACAAAAAAAAGGUCAAGGGUUAUCCCCUUUUGUCGCCUCGACGCCCGAGUUGGCGAAACACAGCAUCAAGCCCCGAAUUUCCAAGUGUGCACCGAGAGCUGCCGGUCGCCGAAACACUGCCCUACCUACUUUGACCCAGGCGGGCAGCUACCAUGCCUCAAGCCCGCCCACUCAAGCGGCCCAGCGACGCCGACGAUGUUCCAGUCGACACGGGCUCCGCGCCCAAGGUGAAACUGGCGCGUCUCGAGCGUGGACCCGAGGACUUCUCGAACGUGGUCAAGACCAAAUUGCAGUCGUACACGCGAACAGGACAGGCAUGCGAUCGGUGCAAGGUGCGCAAGAUUCGCUGCGAUGCCCUCCCAGAAGGUUGCUCCCAUUGCGUGACCCAGAACCUUGAGUGUUAUGUCACGGAUCGCGUCACCGGCCGCACCGAGCGGAGAGGCUACUUACAACAGCUCGAGCGCGAAAAGGGCGCCAUGCUUGUCCAUAUCCGCGAGCUUGAGAAACUGCUCGAGAACAACGGCAUUGAAGUUAGGCCUUGGCAGUGGCCUGGAUACAUCACCACAUACCCGCCUGGCGUCACGUUCGAUGCCCUGGGCAACCCCAUUCAAGAUUCGGCUUCCAAAGAGCAAUGGCAGCAGGUCGGCCUGGUAUGGGCCAAGAAUGGGGGCCGCCCGAAGCUGUCGUCGAGCAGCAGCGCUCCCGCGCCAUGGUCACUGCCCGCCUCUCGACCCAAGGACAGUUAUUUGGGCGUGUCGGCGGAUAGCGCGCCUCUCAGCUCCAUCAAGGGCACAACGCUGUCCAUCCUCGGAACUACCAUCGACAUCACCUCGUUUGACGCCCCGGAUAUGGACGAGCCUCCCCCUGGAACGCCCAUCGGCUCGCCACUCUACAACAAGUCGGUCAUGUCCUUCUUCCAGUCCUGCCUCAACAUCAAUCCUCCACUGGGCAACGUCGAGCUGCCCGCCAAGCAGGAUGCAUUUAGAUAUGCCGAAUGGUACUUCCUCAUGAUCUCGCCCUUCCUUCCUAUCCUGCACAAGCCGUCCUUCUUCCAGCUCUUGACACGCAUCUACGACGACCCGACCUUCAAACCCACCGUGCCGGAGCUCGUGCUCGUACACAUGGUCUUCGCCAGCAUCUACUUCCAAUACGGCAUCCGAAACCGAGAGGAGCCCGAAAAGUACGCGCAGCUCAACGACCUGUCCAACAAGCAUUACCAUUGGAGUUUAAGCAAGUUCUUUGAUCUCGCCGCUUCCCAGACGGUGACGGCUGUCCAGGCCCUGGCCAUGAUUGUCUCCCAUACCCGCAACUUUCCCAAGCCUGGUUGCUCCUGGAUCAUUGCCAGCUACGCCUUUGUGCGGGCCAUCGAGCUGAACCUGCACCGGGCUGUCCAUAUCCCCGGCGGCGGCACAACCCUGGACUAUGAGGUGCGCAAAAGGGUCUGGUGGGCCAUCCUCGGAAUCUUGUGUACCCUCAACGGCCGCCUCGGCAAGCCAAUGCCCAUCUCGCCGGAAGAGUAUGACGUUGAGUUCCCCAUCGCCAUCAACGACGAGUACCUUGGGGAAGAAGGAAUUUUGGAUCCGUCCAAGGUCGGCCAUUGCACUUACCACGUCGGCCUGAUGGGAUUCAAAGUUACGCCUCUCUUCAUGGAAAUGUAUUCCAAGAUUUACGGUGUGCGGCGGGAUCCCAGCAAAUACGUUCAAGUGGUCACUCAUCUUGAGGAAGCCCUGCGCGAUCUUACCGACAACUUGCCUGACGAGCUCAGAGUCGAGAAGUGCCAGCCAACAAACCAGAUGUUCGCGCUUUAUACACAAGCAUUUUGUCUCGAACUUAGCCUGUGUCUCCGACACCCGUCUGUUUGCCCGACGGAUGAUCCCAAAAUCUGUGCUGAAAACACCAGGAUUUGUGAAGACACGGCGCGGAAGCUCCUCAAAGUAGUUGGGUCCCUGGUUAAGAUGAAAUCUUUGGACACUACCUGGUACCAACUGGCCGUCUAUGUGGCUGCCAUAUUCUCAUCACUCGUGGCGCACUGGCAGCGGCGAUAUGAAACGACAGCGUACGAGGUCGCCAACCUUCGGGAAGAGAUGUCUCAAUGGCUAAAUAUCAUCUCUGAGAUCGGGAAACUGCUUGGCACCGGCAACCGGCUUGCUACCGAGAUUGGGACCAUCAUUCAGAGAACAAUAUCCUGGAUUGAGCAGGACAUGGGCCGGAAGCCCGCCUCGCCGGCUGUCCAGCAUUCCAUGAAGCAGCAAUCCCCGUCAUCGUAUCAGCAAUCAUUAACCAGCGCAAAGCAGCAGCCAGACAACGCGCUCAUCCCCAGCAGCGCAGGGACGACGGCGGCCGAGCAACGAGACGCCGGUGCGACAAACGGCAGCACCUACUACGACUCGGGGGUGGCGGCCCCGACCGCGCAAUAUUCGGCGCUCAGCUACAGUGACCAGUCCGCCAACGUGAACCACAACGGGAACGGAACGGGCCGAUCGACCGACGGGGCACAGUAUAUCUAUGCUGCAGCGUCAGCUGCUACGGCAGCGACCGCGUCAAACAAUGCGUCGACGAUGGAACAGGCUGCGGCGAGGGCGGCGCAGAAUCCGCUGAUUGCCUUUGCCUCGCAAGCGACGCAGCAUGUCGCGGGGCAGGCGGCGGCGGAAAACUGGCCGGCGCAAACGCAGCUCAUGACGGCGGCGCACAACGCGGCUACUGCGCCGGCCAACACGUGGCAAGACUGGACCAAUGCCAUCCAGGACACGCAGGAUCGGUACAGCGCCAACGCCCUGCUCACGCUCAACGCCGGGCGACCGGGCGAUGUCGGCGCGGGCGGAGUGGUCGACCAUGUCGGCCAGGGAGGAGAGCCCAUGGGCACCUCGCAUACGGGGCAGUGGCCGUUACUGUUGUUUCACGACGGCACUGGAGGCGUGAGCGGUGCUUGAUAUCAUCAGCGCUCGUUUUUUCUACGUUUCAUGUUCGCGCUUUUCCAAUCUGCAUUUCUCGAGGAUUGGUUGAUACCAUGGCAUAUGAAUCCUUCUCUCUUUCAGGCAAAACAACGGGCUUUUUAUAUGUUGGAGACAUUGUUGUCCUGCCUGUACGUUGAUAGUUUCGUGGGCUUCUUGGUUGGCUGGGAGGUGGUAAGGGAGUUUCAGGGGUCAGGGGACAGGGCAGGGAAGACAAUCUGGCAUCUGGCUGGCUCCAUUCAGUUUGGUGUCUAUACAGUUGGGGGGCCUACUUCCCCGAAUAUACCUAACCUCACUUACCUGUGUCCUGGGCAACUUGGACAUAAAUCUACAGACUAAUUAUCCCACCACACCGUUGUUUGGUUUCUCUUCGAAGGUAAUUUCUUAGUAGCCUGCCAAUGGCGCUGGAAGAAUAACG